UUUAACUAGGGGACUGACUGUUAUUCAAAUGUAACGAUGAUACGUUAUACGCUAUGCUGCAUAUUUGAAGAAAGAUAAUCUGACAGAAAACAUUAAGGAUGAGUGCACGUCCAAGACCAGUUACGGCUACCUUCAAGCCAGCUUCUAUGAAAGUUCAUACAAUAGUACCGAGAACAAAGAGACUCUCACUUGGCUCAGAUAGCAGCUCUACAGAGUCACUGACAUCUGUAUUGCAUCAUGAAAGUUAUGAAAGUCCCAGUGACAGUGAUGAUGACUUGAGUAAGCAAAGAGAUAAAAAUAGGAAUAAUAAUGCUGAAGAAAAUGAUGAAUCGAGUAUAAACCGUACAUUUAUAACAGAAACACCAAUAACUGAUACCAGUCAGACUUCUAGUGCUAAAACAAUUGAGGAAAAACUGUCAAAUUGGGAAAGCUGGCUAAUUAGAAAAUCCCAAGAAGAUCGUCAAAACAAGAGAAAGGAACUACAAAAACAGCGAAAGCUUAGAGAAGAAAAAGAGAAACAAGAAAAGGAGAAAAUUGAAAAGUUGAAAAAGUCUGAACAAGUGACCAAUGAAUGGAUUGAACGACGGGCAACUGAAUUAAAAGUCCAGAAAAAAUUACAAAGUCAAAAAAAUAAGAGUGAACAAGAAAUAAAAUCACAAGAAAGGUUAAAAACUAUGGAAAAAGCUGAAAAGGAAUAUCAUGAAUGGUUAGAAAUGAAACAAGAACAACAAAGGAAAAAACUUGAACUGGCGAAAAGACACAAACAAGUAGAGCAAGAAAAGAAAUUAGAGAAACAACGUCAAAGUGAAGCAGCAUUUGAGGAUUGGUGCAAAAAAGCUCAAACACGACCUAAAGCUGUAUAUAAUAGUUUUGGUUACACCUCAGGAAAAUUAACAGAUGUCUAA